AUGCAGAUUCACCACUUCUCCGACGCCAGUUCCACAGGUUACGGCCAGUGCUCAUACUUGAGAAUGACGAAUAAGGAGGGUAGUGUGCACUGCACAUUACUGAUGGGAAAAUCGAGGGUCGCCCCACUCAAAACAGUUACGAUACCACGCCUGGAGCUUACAGCCGCACUUCUGUCAAUUAAAGUGAGCACAUUUCUUCAGAGAGAGCUACCACUGGAGAACGUCGAAAAUAUCUAUUGGACAGACAGUAAUGUAGUGCUCGGCUACAUCAACAACGACGAGAAGCGCUUUCAUGUGUUUGUAGCCAACAGAGUGUGCCAGAUUAGACAACACUCUUCACCAUCUCAGUGGAGACAUGUCCGAACACAUGAAAAUCCAGCAGAUGAAGCGUCAAGAGGACUGACCGUCAAUCAAAUUGCCACCUCGAAAUGGUUGUCUGGUCCCAGCUUUCUGUGGGAAAGGGAAUUUUCUCAUACUGGCAGGAGGGAAGGAUUUGUCAUUUCACCAACUGACCCUGAGGUGAAAAGGACUUGCGUGCAUGCCACCUCAAUAGAUCAGCCAGGAUUUGACCUGAAGCGUCUGGAUCGCUUUUCUGACUGGUAUCAGGUAAAGAGAGCAGUAGCAAACUGUCUACGUGUUAAGGCUUUCUUACGACAAAUUUGUAUGAAGAAGCAUCACAUCCACGAAGCCGAGAGUACUGGGAAUCUGAAUGCAAACCCCAUGUCGGUUGAAAUGCUACGACAGGCCGAGAAAGAAAUUAUCAGCCAGGUUCAAAGGAAAGCGUUUGCUGAUGAGAUCAAGGUGUUAGAAAGGCCUGAAGAUGCAGACGCUGAGUCUGUUCGAGAGAGAAAGCGUUACUUAAAGAAAGCCACUCGUCUUCAUCAGCUUGAUCCUUUCUUGGACAGUAAUGGCAUAAUGCGAGUGGGAGGACGUAUUCGCAGAGCUGAAACAUCAUAUGAGAGCAGACAUCCAGCCAUCCUGCCCCAAGGAUCCCACAUGACCGACUUGAUCAUUCGACACUGCCACGAACAAACCGCGCACCAAGGUCGUGGCAUGACGAUAAAUCAGUUGAGAUCAAGUGGCUUCUGGAUUCUCGCGGGUAGCCGGAUAGUCUCCAGACUCAUUCGCAAAUGCGUGACCUGUUGCAAGCUACGGGGAAAAAUCCAGUGGCAAAAAAUGUCAGACCUACCCGGGGACAGAGUUGAACCUGCUCCGCCAUUCACAUAUUCCUGCAUGGAUUGUUUUGGGCCAUUCAUCAUUAAGGAGGGCAGGAAAGAAAUGAAGAGAUAUGGCCUACUAUUCAGCUGUAUGGCGUCAAGAGCCAUCCACAUCGAGACUUUGAAUUCGUUAUCAACAGAUUCAUUCAUCAACGGAUUGAGAAGGUUCUUGUCUACUAGAGGUCCUGUACGCCAGCUGCGUUCGGACAGGGGCACUAACUUUGUUGGCGCGGAAACAGAGCUGAAGGGUCAGACGCGAACAUGUAAUGGGAAAAUAAAAGACUUUCUUGUCAAAGAGGGUUGUGACUACACGGAGUUCAAGUUCAACGUCCCCUCAGCCAGUCACAUGGGCGGUGUCUGGGAACGACAAAUUCGCAGUAUUCGUCGUGUGCUGGAAGCAUUGAUGCUUCAGUCGAGCCAACAACUCGACGACGAAUCCCUUCGUACUUUCUUGUGCGAAGCGGCAGCCAUCGUGAGCAGCAGGCCACUCACGGUAGACAACUUGAAUGAUCCAACACAUGCAGAGGCGUUGACACCAAAUGAUCUUCUGACCAUGAAGAGCAAGGUACUUUUACCCCCGCCUUGA